AUGGACACCUUGGCAAGAGCCCACAUCCGCAAAGGAGAGGCCAAAGAAGGGCUGCAUGUGGCGGAAGACUUCUUGGCUGCUGCCAAGCAGGCCAGAGACAAACCAGCAGAGGCCAAUGCACUGCUCGUCUCCUCGAGCGCUCUUGCCAGCGAUGGCCGCCUGAGCGAAGCGCUUCGCUCAGCAGAGGCAGCUAGAUCAUUGUACCGAGAUUUAGGUCAUGCAGAAGGUCUCCAAGACUCCGAGCGCUUCCUUGGGGUUGUGCGCGAUGCUCUGAAGGAAAUCGGCCAUCGUGCCGGCAAUGGCAGCUUUGGCAACGGGAACAGCGGCAACAGCUACAAUGGCAAAGGCAGCUACAGCAAUGGACACCAGGGCAACGGCAGUGCAACUGCGCCACAACGAGGUCCAUCCAAAUUUGGUUUCUCAGCCAUAGAGGAGUCAGCAGAUGACAAUUCUGCUAGUCUCAUCACUGGCGAACGUCGUGGGGUUGCUCAAGUUGUGAACCCCACCCCGCUGUACAACCGCAAGGCUUUCCCAUGGACACCGCAGCAGGCGGACAAGGUUUCGAGUCAAUGCGCAACAAGACCAAUGACAGGAAUCUGA